AUGGACCCGCCAAAGUACCAGCCGCUACCGGGCGCACCAAGCUCGAGGUCAACGACACCGGCCGGCCCUCCAUCCUCCUCCGGCCAUCCCCCUCGGCGCCGGAAGAACCACAGGGGCGGGAAGAAGAAGAGGGCUAGGCGAAAGUCCUUUUCCAUCCCACCCGAUGAGAUGGCCGCGGACGGCGUCGAUUCAGGGGCUUUCUAUUCUAGACCGAGUCACAACAUCAGCGCGACGAGCCUCGAAAGCGAGGCCCUUUUAGACCAUAGAGAUCAAAAGCCUUUCUUACGUACGAGACGCCCGUCAACGAUGACGGCAAGCGCCUCGUUUCCGGCCCAACCACCCAACACCAGAUUAGAGGCAAUGACCAGGGGGGAAGGCGGUGACGAAGAAGCCGAUGAAGGGGCUCCGCUACUAGCCAGCACUCCCUUUCAACGGAGCGAGACAUUCGGAGGCUAUGGGUCGAAUGAGAGCCCCCGGCUGGUAAGGUCCCGGCGCGGCUCAAGCCAGGGAAGCAGCAAGAAGUACAAUGUCAAUUACCCUCCAUCGGUCCCGGGGACACCUACACUACGGCCAUCCGACCGUAACUUGAGUUUUGGCGAUGUGAUGAUGAGAGACGAUCUUGAAAGCGGUCAGCGGUCACCGAGGGCUAAGCCAGACCAGGGCGACAGCCGCGGCUUUCCUGCAUCACCAUUAGAAAGGAGAAAGACAAUCGCCCUACAGGCCCAAGAAGACGUUUGCUUUCCCCAAGAGGGCCUCUCAGAUAUCGGAGAUGAUGAGCUAGCUGCACGUGACCUCGCCGCAUACCGCAUGAGGUCACGGAGGAGGCGCGGACAAUGGCCAGAUUUAUCGAUCCUGGACGAAUGGAGCCGACUCGAAAAGGAAGGGCGAAGCGAGGAGCGCCGGGCUAAGAGAAUCACGGAACCCCAGUUAAUCAAUGGAAGGCUGAGGCCUGUACACCGCGGCUGGUUCCAGGCAGAGGAGGUAGCGCCCUACCGUUUUACGUACUUUAACGAAGAGUUCCAGAGCACCAUCCACAGCCAAACUAUCUCGGAGCUAGUUCAACCCGGAGGCACCUUUAAGGAGCUCUUCAUUCCUGAUCCUCCGCUUCUCUCGGACUCGGAUGAUGAGGAGGAGGCAGACGAGGAGCAAAGUUCUGGCUUAAAUCAACUGCUGGGAGGCCACAACGGAGACCUCAAAGCACCGUCGCGUCAACCGUCUGCCGCAACCACUCUGGGUUCCGAACCGAGGAAGCAGUAUACCACUGGGGACGGUCCCGCACCGGCCGAGCCCAGACAGGACGGGGGCGCCCAAGUACCCUCGCGAUUCAAGUCUCCCGACCUGAAGUCACCUGAACCGGAAAAGAACGCAAAGCCUCCAAAGUAUGGGGAUCGACCAGUAUGGUGGCUGGAUAUUCUCAGUCCGACCGAGCAGGAGAUGAAAGUGAUCUCAAAGGCCUUCGGCAUCCACCCCCUUACCUCCGAAGACAUCAUGAUGCAAGAGCAGCGAGAGAAGGUGGAACUCUUCCGAAACUACUAUUUUGUCAACUACCGCACCUUUGACCAGGACCAGAACAGCGAGGAUUUUCUCGAGCCAGUCAACAUGUACGUCGUCGUGUUUCGCGAGGGCGUCCUGAGCUUCCACUUCUCAGCGACCCCACACCCGGCCAACGUGCGGAGGCGGAUCCGCCAACUUCGGGACUACCUUAUCCUCACAUCCGACUGGAUCUCGUAUGCGAUUAUCGACGACAUCACGGACGCCUUCGGCCCGCUCAUCCAAGCCAUCGAGGACGAGGUUGACGAGAUAGACGAGUCGAUCCUGAUGAUGCACUCGUUAGAUGACCAGGCGGCAAAGGACAAGCAAAAGGAGUACUCCGAGAAGCUUGACCCGGGCGAUAUGUCAUCGGGCCGCGAUAUGCUGCGCCGGGUCGGGGACUGCCGAAAGAAGGUCAUGUCGCUCUACCGGUUAUUAGGCAACAAAGCGGACGUGAUCAAGGGGUUCGCAAAGAGAUGUAACGAGCGGUGGGAGGUGGCCCCAAGGACCGAGAUUGGGCUGUACUUGGGCGACAUUCAGGAUCAUAUUGUGACCAUGACGUCGAAUCUGAGUCACUACGAGAAAAUUCUGGCCCGAUCUCAUGGGAACUACCUCGCCCAGAUUAACAUAAGGAUGAACGAGCGCCAGGAGCAGACGGCUGAUGUGCUAGGAAAGCUCACGGUGCUGGGUACCAUCGUCCUGCCGAUGAAUAUCAUUACCGGCUUGUGGGGGAUGAACGUGUGGGUUCCGGGACAGAAAUAUGAAGGGGACCUAACGUGGUUCAUGGGGAUCACCGGGUCCCUAUUGCUCUUUGGGCUGGCGUGCUAUUGGACUGCCAAGAGGGUGUACAACAUUGUUUGA